AUGAGCAGUAAUGAUACUCUUGACUUUCCAAGUUUACCCAACCCUUUUGCGACAGAAUGUGACCAAAAUUCGACGGACACCAAUAGUAUUGGUACUUCUUUUAUGGUUAAAGGAGCACCACCAAAAGUAUUUUUUCCACCAAAAAUGUCUUUAACGAAGGAAUUAGAAUAUAAAAAGAAACGGCCUUUAUUAGAACAUAUAUCAACGUCUGUCGCUUCCUCACAUAAAUUACCACUUAUUCCGACUAAUUCACAUCCUCUUAAUCAUCAAACUACUACCUCACCAAUUACUCCAACAUGUUUUAGUAAAUUUCAUGAUAAUCAUGAAUUAUUUUCAGGUGGAAUUGAUAAACGACAUUCCUCAACUUCAUUAAAGGCUGAUAUAAAAAAUAUACAAAGUAAUGGUGGUAGUAAUAAAGAAAAGAUAAAAUUAGCUUUAACAAAAAGAAGAAGCAUGCCUCAAAUUAGUAUUAAUACUGAUUUAAAUAAACAAGGUCAACAAUUAAAAAAUGAUUUAUUAAAAGAAGACAGUGACGAAAGGAAAAUGGUUAUCGUGCAUGAAAUUAAACCAUCUGACACCAUAGCUGGCGUUGCUUUGUUUUAUGGAAUUGAGGCCAAUAAAUUAUGGACAAAUGAUUCAAUUCAUCAACGUAAAUUUUUAUAUAUUCCAAUUGAUCAAUGUUCAAUUAUUGAUGAUGAAGCAAAAGUAAUUGUUCAAGAUGAUCAUAUCUCAAUUAAAACAAAUGGAUUAUCGACUUCUGAUAAUACAACAAGACCUACAUUUUCACCAACAACUCCUUCAACUCCAUUUACAAUUUAUGAGAGAGAAUUAUUAUUCUGUACAUUGCCUGAACAUGCGAAUUAUGUUUAUAAUAUUCAUAACCAUCAUCAUUUUGGUGGAUGUUCCACUUCUUCAAUUGACUCUUCGUCUAGUUCAAUUUCAUCUACAUCAUCCGACAACAGUAAUAAUGGCAAUAAAUUUACAAGAGCCGAAAUUCAACAAUUACCUGCCGACCAACUGACUUUCUUUCCAACAAAAAGGAUUUCUCUAUCUCCCACUUCUACCAAUUCAUCCGCUCUUAAUACACCUCUAACAACACCAACGUUACCAUCACCAUUACCUGUAUCACAUAUAUAUCAUCAUAAGCAUAAUAUCUCAUUUCCUUUACCAACCAUGACGCAAGAUUCUAUUCAAAAUCCUAAACUCGUUGAUAAAUUAUUACAUAGUAUAGAUUAUGCAGGUGAAAAAUAUUGGAAAAGGAAUUUUGGUUCCGUAAAGGUGGGUAUGGGUAGAAGAAAAAGUGGUGGUAUAUUGAAUGAUAGGUAUGAUGUUAAAAAAGAUAACAUAACACCUCCUUUCACCAUGUUUCCCCUACUUUGA